AUGGCAGAGGCAUCAUCAAAUUUUCUUGCAACAAAGAGGUAUGCUGUUGUUACCGGAGGAAACAAGGGUAUUGGAUUUGAGAUAUGUAGACAGUUAGCUUCGAAGGGGGUGAUAGUGUUGGUAACCGCCAGAGACGAGAAAAAGGGUCUUGAAGCUGUUGAAAGACUCGGACACUAUGGUCUCUCUCAACUUGUGCUUUUUCAUCGAUUAGAUGUGACGGACCCAGCUAGUAUUGCUUCUCUGGCGAAUUUCAUUACCACCCAAUUUCCAAAGCUUGAUAUCUUGGUGAACAAUGCGGGGACUGCUGGAGCAGUUAAAGACCCUGAUGCUUUUUCGAGAGCUGUGAAGCUUGCCGGUGGUUGGCCAGCAGAGCACAUAAAUUGGAAUGAAAUUUUAACUCAAACUCUUGAGAUGGCAGAAGAAUGCCUGAGUACAAACUACUAUGGUGUAAAAAGAAUGGCUGAAGCACUUGUUCCCCUUCUCCAAUUAUCUGAUUCACCCCGGAUUGUCAACGUCACCUCUUUGCUAGGAACGUUGAAGAAUGUUCCUGGUGAAUCAGUCAAAGGAGUGCUACUUGAUGUUAAUAGACUUACCGAAGAGAGAUUGGAUGAGUUAUUGAACAAAUUUCUGAAGGAUUUCAAAGAGGGGUGGUUAGACAAAGAAGGUUGGCCAGUGUAUCAAUCAGCAUACAUAGUCUCAAAAGCAGCUAUGAAUGCUUACACAAGAAUUCUGGCAAAGAAGUGCCCGCGUUUCAUGAUAAAUUGUGUUUCCCCAGGCUUUGUCAUGACUGACAUGAAUUGCAAUGUUGGCCUCUUGACUGUUGCUGAAGGAGCUGAAAGAUGA